UCCCCACCUUUGCCUGCAUUCCUCCAUCACUGUCGCGUGCGAUGGUCAUCGUCGACCACAAUGCUGAGGAAGUUCCGGCGCAACAGCAAGCCAUCUCCAGAAGAUGGUCUUUCUGCCUUGACACUUCAAAGCACGCGGGAGCAGUCUCUCGACGCGGAAUCGCAAGGACAACAUGCCAACGACCGCCUGUCCUUCUUCUCCCUCCCGGCCGAGAUUCGCAAUGACAUCUACGAGCUCAUCAUCGCCGACACCACUCUCUCACUGCCCUCGCAGGCCCUGACGGCAGGGCAGAAGCUGAAGCUCCGCACGCGGAAACGCCGCGUCCUCGUGACGCCCAUCAAUGGCCUGCUCCUCGCCUCCCGCCAAUGCCGACAGGAGUACCUGUCCACCCUCUUCUCCCGUGGCGCCGUGACGGUAGAAGUGAAAGACUUCGAUUUCGAAGGCCUCAUCCGGGUGUCGUCGGGACUCGACGAAAUGGAAGUCCGCUACCUGCAGUCCAACCGCAACCUCACCGUGCAGCUCAUGACGCAGAACUGUCGACAAAAGGACGGCUUCGCCCUGCGCAAGUGGCUGAACUAUCUGCGCGACUGCGACGCGCGACUGCCGUGGAAGUACGAGGUGCCGCUGGAGAAGCUGCUGCCGCCGACGACGAUGGGUCGGGUGCGCCUCAUGCACGAGCUGGAGUAUUACGCCGAAGCCAUCUCCGCUCUCGAGCCCGGGAUCUCGGAGCCGCAGAGAGUGGAGUUGAAGCAGAUCACUGACGCCUUUUACAAGGGCGUGCAAUGGCUGGAGCAAGACUUGGGAGAGUUGGGCCAGCGGAGGAAAGAUCGCUCGCGCUCUUUGGCGCAUAUGCGAGGUCUGCCGGGCGGAGGUGUUUAUUGAGCAAGGCGGACCUGGAAUGUGACUGUCAAAUGAUCUUGCGACGAUGUCGUACACAGGCGGAUGAGGCCUGUUACCGUCAAUGGUGAAAGCGUUGAUCAUGUUAAGGCGCGACUUGGAGUGAGCAUGUUGAGUGGAGAUGACGGCUGGAAUACGAUGCGACUACGAGAGACGGAGCAGCGAUGGACAGUGACUUUGAUAGCGUAUGAGCCAUUGUGUGAAUGCAUUACCGUAACGAAUGCAAGGAACCCUCCCACCCUCACCAGCAGCUCCAUACCGCACCUUCCACUCUUGGACACCUCGACUUUUGACUCACAGCAUGACUCC